GUUGCCCUCCCGACCUGGCACCAGCCCGCCUGCCCUCGGCAACCCUGAACGCUCCACAACUCACGGAGGUCUCCUAGCAACCCUCCUUAGGAAUUCUGUCUGGCCCUGGUUAGAAAACUGGAGACUCGGCCCGAGAUUGAUGAGUUUGCCUGGGGGGUCGGUGAGAAGCUGAAACCGAGGCGAACAUGGGUCAGAAGGUCACCGGAGGGAUCAAGACUGUGGACAUGAGAGACCCCACGUACCGGCCCCUGAAGCAGGAGCUCCAGGGACUGGAUUACUGCAAGCCCACGCGGCUGGACCUGCUGCUGGACAUGCCCCCCGUGUCCUACGACGUGCAGCUGCUGCACUCGUGGAACAACAACGACCGCUCGCUCAACGUCUUCGUGAAGGAGGACGACAAGCUGAUCUUCCACCGGCAUCCCGUGGCCCAGAGCACAGACGCGAUCAGGGGCAAAGUUGGGUACACGCGAGGGCUGCACGUGUGGCAGAUCACGUGGGCCAUGAGGCAGCGGGGCACACACGCUGUGGUGGGGGUGGCGACGGCGGACGCCCCCCUGCACUCUGUGGGGUACACGACCCUCGUGGGGAACAACCACGAGUCCUGGGGCUGGGACUUGGGGCGCAACCGGCUCUACCACGACGGCAAGAACCAGCCAAGCAAAACGUACCCGGCCUUUCUGGAGCCGGAUGAGACGUUCAUCGUCCCUGACUCCUUCCUGGUGGCCCUGGACAUGGACGACGGGACCCUGAGCUUCAUUGUGGAUGGACAGUACAUGGGAGUGGCUUUUCGGGGACUCAAGGGCAAAAAACUAUAUCCCGUAGUGAGUGCCGUCUGGGGCCACUGUGAGAUCCGCAUGCGCUACUUGAACGGACUCGAUCCCGAGCCGCUGCCGCUCAUGGAUCUCUGCCGCCGCUCCGUGCGCCUGGCCCUGGGGAAGGAGCGGCUGGGGGAGAUCCACACGCUGCCGCUGCCUGCCUCCCUCAAGGGCUACCUCCUCUACCAGUGACGCACUCCCCGGGACUGCCAGCGCGACAGCCACCUGGUGCCAACUCACUGAGCCGCCUGCCGCGGGGGCCGCAGCACCCCACGCCUUGGACCAGCGUCCGCAGCCAUGGACAGAAGUCCCUGCUCUUCCCUUCACCCUCCCUGGCUGCCUCCGCCAGACAAGGACCUAUUGCGACACAGGCUCUUCUUUCCCUCUCCCGACACUGGCAGAAGGCAGUGUCCCUGCAUGCCGUAAACAGCCCCUCCUUGACAAGAGACACGGAGGAUAAACUCCUGCUAAAG